ACCUUUCUUAGCCCUGCCCAUAAAAGAGUCACUCCAUAGUACUCCCUGAAACGCGACACCUGCAUCUCAAUUGGACCAAGCCACCAGCAAAGACAGGUAAAAGCCAUGGCUUCUAUGAGGUUUCAACUUUUGGGCCUAUUUGGAAUCGUAGGUCUCCUUUCUACUCUCAGUGCAGCGGCUGUGCUUGAAGUGCGCACCAUUCCUAAAAUUUUGGCAACCUGCGGAGAAAAUGUCACUCUAACAUGCGACGCAAUCACAGAUGGUCCUACUGAGAUCACAGAAUUUACCUGGAAGGACAAUAAAGAUAUUUGCAGCUGGGGCACACCAUCAAAUCUAACAGAUAUUCAGUGUAUGAACACAACCGCCACAAACUUCACUUCCUACAACUAUUCCCUGACCAUCUACAACAUCCAGCCCAAACACAAAGCAACCUACCACUGCCAAGUACGCCAAAAAAGUGGGCCGGUGAGAAACGGCCAGACCAUCGUUCGAGUUCAAAAGUGCGUUGGCAACAGUACAACAGGAGUGACUUCAACGAAUGGAACUUGCCGAUUCCAAGACGUCUUCCCCAAGCCCGAUAAGGUCAACUGGACGCAGGGAGGAGAUGACCUUAAUUCCUUGUCCUCUACUCAGGUGACACAGAACUCAGACGGCUUAUCGUUCACAGUUGUUAGCACCAUUAAGCUGAGGAAGAACCCAGCCUUUACAGGCCAGUAUACAUGUUCCCUCUUGGUGCCCACUGAGAAUGAGAUGAACCAAACGAUAUCGCAGAUAGUUAGAUCCUUAUCCUUCUCCGGGGCAGACAGCAUCAUCGCGCACUGGCUUGGCGUGAUGCUAGCGAUGGUUUUAGGGAUGUUAAUGGUCCAAGCAUAAGACAAGAAAGUGUAAAAGCAUAAGUGUAAAAAAUAAGAAUAAAUAAAUCAAUUCCAAUCAGCAAUUCGAGGACCUAUAGCCUAGCCACGCAUCUGAAUUUCUACCUGUAUUCUGUUUUUCUAUUGAGAGAAAGUCUUGUAUUGAUGUUGCUUUCAUUCAGUGUAAUUUAAGUGGUGUAAAAUAAACCAGUUAAAAAUGUGGCACGGUCAAAUUCCGAUGUCAUUUUGAACAUUUGAAAUGCUGUAACUAUGUGCUUGAGAUGCUUUUUGAAUAUUCAUUUAUAUUUAUUUUUAACAAUGAUUUUAGAUGUUGUAAAUAUUUGUGAUUCUAGAAGUUUCUGUUGUUAAUUUGCUUCCUUAUGUAAAGCACCUUUGGGUAUCUUCAAAAGCACUACACAAAUGUUAUGUAUUGUUAUUGUUGUAUCUUCAAUUCUGACAAUGUAAUAAAACUCAUAUUACCUGAAGUGUCUAAA